GGCAGUGAUAGUUCAAGAACAGUUGGAGUGGCAAAGCUUACCUAUCCCUGCACUAGGUGGUGCAAAAAUGAUCUACCUGGUAAUAUGAUAUUUCAUGUGGAAGUUAAAAGCAUAUGGAUAGUUGCAAGUCACUUGGGGGAGAUUCUCUAACACAUCCCAGGAGGAACAGACUGGAUCUCAAUUAAUUCCCUGCAGCGUGUCCAGUCAAGGCCUUUAGGUACACUGGUGAAGAAGGAAAGCCAUCCUUUAAAUUUUGCUGUCUGGGCAUGGCAGCUGAGCUUUCCUUGAAGGAUUUACAAGUGGAAGUCAAGUGCCCCAUUUGUUUGGAUUAUUUCACUGACCCAGUCAUUCUAGACUGUGGCCACAACUUCUGCCGUGCCUGUCUUCACAAGUGCUGGGAGAGCUUUCUCCAAAACAGGGCCUGCCCCCAGUGCAAGGAGAUGGUUACGAACAGGAGUGUCAUUCAGAACAGGCAGCUCAAAAAGGUUGUGGAACUGAUGAAAAAGCUGACACAGCAAGCGACAGGAGCAGAGGAAGCCUGUAAGAAGCACGGAGCUCAGGAGCCCUUGAACCUGUACUGCUUAAAUGAUCAAGCCCAGAUCUGCUCAGUGUGUUGCUCAUCCAAAGAGCACCAGGAUCACAUGGUGCUUCCUGCGGAGGAAGCUGUCCAGGAGCUCAAGGGUUGUUUUUUAAAUUUGACUAAAACACUAAAGAAGAACAGAGAAGAGAUUCUGGAGCAUAAACUGAAAACAGAAAAGGAAUAUCAGAGCCUGCUUUUGAUGCAACCGACCAUGCAAAAAGUAGUGGGGCUGUUCCGAGGACUCUGCCGUUUUGUGUCGUGCCAAGAGUUCUUUCUGAAGACCAAGAUGCAAGAGAUGGCGGCAGAGACUGUGAAAAAAAGGAAUGAGCACAUGGCCAGGCUUUUAAUGGAGCUCUCCUCUGUUGACAGUACCAUUCGGGAUAUGGAGGAGAAGAAUCAGCAGCCAACAUGUGAAUUCCUGCGGGAUGCUAACAGCAUCAUGCAGAGGGUUCAACAGAAAACGCGUAAGCAUCCAGAGGCUUUUUCACCUGAGCUGAUAUGGAGAAUCUGGGAAUUGUAUGACAUAACUCCCUAUCUGGAAUGUCUUGUAUCUAAAUUCAAAGAAGUCCUGGAAUAUGGCUUGCAGCUGCAGAAAGCCAACGUGACUUUGGAUCCAGACACUGCUCAUCGCCAGCUCAUCAUAUCUGAAGAUCUUAAAAGUGUGAGAAGGGGGGAGAGAGUACAAAAUGUGCCCAAUGUUCACAGCCGAUUUGAUGAUUGUCGCUAUGUACUAGGGAAAAUGGUCUUCAUUUCAGGAAGACAUUUCUGGGAUGUCCUUGUGGGAAGAAAGGAAAACUGGGCUUUGGGGGUGGCCAGAAAAUCUGUGAAGCGGAAGGGCCUGAUUCCCCUAGAUCCAAAGGUGGGGAUCUGGGCUGUGGCAAAACUGGGGAAACAGUAUUUGGCAAUGACUCCUCCUUGUAUGUCCCAUUUGCCAUUGAGGGGUGAACUCAAGAGGGUCCGGGUGUGCCUGAACUGCACUGGGAGGCAGGUAACCUUCUUUGACGCUGAUAGAAUGGACCUCCUCUUUACAACUUCAAUAACGGCCAGUGAGGAUGUUUUUCUCCCCUUCUUUUUCUUGCCUAAAAAGGCUCAUCUCACCCUUGUUCCCUAAAGUAGUAAAAAACAAAACAAAACCCACCCAAAAACCACCCCACCAGAUCACCAAUACUCCAGAUACCAGGCUAUCUGAGACUUGGUCUUUUAAUUCUCUAUCAUCAUCAUCAGCUAAGCUAAUUUCAGAGUGGCAGUUGGUGUGACACCCUAAACAAAAUCUCUCUUUUCAGAGUGGCCAUCUGCUGCUUGUUUCAGUCACUCAGCCAAUGAGGAGCCUCCCAUGGGAGUCCCUGUGCACAGGGGGAUCCUGUGCAGAAUUCUAUUGAUCACUACUUUGGGAAGCUAUUCCAAAGUGCAGGGGGUACUUCUAUUUAACAUAGUUUUGUCUUGUAAGUUUACAGCAGAACUGAUCUGGAUGAUGAUUUUUAAAGGGAACCUCUGUUCAUUUCUCUGAACAUGUUUGUAGGAUGUUUUUAGCAUGUUGACAUGAAUUAAAGGUUUCUAAAUCA